GGCCGGCGAUAUUAGCUAGCACUUGCUCACGGUAUUCUCUGUAAAAGGGGAAGACGGCAAAAAUAACAAGGCAACUACAUCUGGACUGCUCAAGGACUGUAACUAAGCUAAUAAAUUAUAACUAACCAUAAAGGACUAAUUAAUUGCGAAUCCAUCCGACGCUUUAAUUUCUGUUGUUGGAGUCUGUUUGUCUCACGAUGGAAGAGAACAGUGCACACUUCUUCGAGGGGACCGAGAAGCUGCUGGAGGUAUGGUUCUCCCGACAAGAUGAAACCAAAGGAACCGGGGAUCUGCGCACUAUUCCCAGAUUUGAGUGGGACAAACUCCUGGAGAAUGUGCACUGUUUGAUUAUAAGUGUGACGAAGACUGACAGACAGGAAGCAUAUAUACUCAGUGAGAGUAGCAUGUUUGUCUCCAAGAGACGUUUCAUUUUGAAGACAUGCGGAACCACCCUCUUACUGCAGGCACUGGUGCCCCUGCUGGAACUGGCCCGCGAGUACUGCGGCUUUGAUGCCAUUGAGAAUUUCUUCUACUCUCGUAAAAACUUUAUGAAGCCCAUCCAUCAAGAGUUCCCUCACCGCAACUUCCAGGAGGAAGUUGACUUCCUCAGCCAGAUUUUUCCAAAUGGAGCAUCCUACUGUAUGGGACGUCUGAAUUCAGACUGCUGGUACUUGUUCACUCUGGAGCUGCCGGAGUACUGGGUGAAUAACCAGGCGGAUCAGACACUAGAAGUUCUGAUGAGUGAUCUCGACCCAGCUGUGAUGGACCAGUUCUACAUGAAAGACGGUGUUUCUGCUAAUGAUGUCACUCGUAUGAGUGGAAUUCGUGACCUGAUUCCAGGUUCAGUGAUUGAUGCCACAAUGUUCAACCCUUGUGGAUACUCUAUGAAUGGAAUGAAAUCAGAUGGAACUUACUGGACGAUUCACAUCACCCCCGAGCCAGAGUUCUCCUAUGUCAGCUUUGAAACCAACCUCUCCCAGACAUCCUAUGAUGAGCUAAUCCGCAAGGUCGUGGAUGUCUUUAAACCUGGGAAAUUUGUGACAACACUUUUUGUCAAUGAGAGCUCCAAAUGUCGCAGUGUGUUCUCUUCACCUCAGAAGCUUGAGGGUUACCGCCGCCUCGACCGCCAGUUGGCACACUUCAAUGAUUACAAUUUCGUCUUUACCAGUUAUGUCAAGAACCGCCAGCAGAAACUACAGAGCUGAACCUCCCAAAUGAAGAAGCGUAAAAAGAAAUCCUGCCGCUGUCUCGUAGCGGAGAGAUGGUUUCUGUCUGUCUGUAGAUCUUCCCUGAGUUUAACCCUUAUACAUUCUUGUAACUUUGACGUAGAUAUUGUGCAUGAAAGCUCUUGUCAUGUCUCUGUAGAUAUUCUAGCCCACUCUUGCUGUGAUCUUGAAGUGCAUGUAGAGUUCUUGAAUGUGGUGGUGUGUGUGAGGCAUGUCGCGCCAUCGCGGUACACGCAGUGCUCCCUUCCCUUCCUGCAGGUGUCCCCUCGUAUCCCCCACAGACAGGGUUUCAGACCUCACUAGACAAGGACCCUGACUUGCUCAGAUCUGUAUCGUCUACCUUGUGGCUUGCAAACCGAUCCAUAAACAACUGUGAACCAGUCAGGUUUCUUAUAUUUUUCCAUUUCCCUGCUUGGUCCGUUAAAACGCUCAAUUGCUUACAGCUAACUUUGCUUUCACGGUUAAGUUACUCAACUUUCGAAAUAUGCGUCAAAAGCUUGCAUCUUCUUAUAGGACUGUUUGUUUUUAAUACAUCUGCCAUUGCUUAGUUAAUAUGCAAAUAGAACUCAAAGUAGAUAAUGUACUUGACCGUUAACAGCUUGACCGUUUUAAAGUUGUUGUUUUUUUUUUUUACCAAAUAUUUGUUACUACUUCACUUAUUCUUUGGCAACCUUUUAGAUUGUCCUAUCAUUAAGAGUACCAGACAACUGAAGGUGACAGCUGAGUUACUCGACUUUAAAAGCAUGCAUCUUAUUUUAGUGGCUGUUAGAUUUUGGAUGCUGUUUAGUUAAAAUGCAACACUCUUGUCUAUAAAAUGCUAAUUAGAUGCCAAGCGUCAAGCAUAGCUAGCUAUCUUUUUUUAAUUUACGACUUAGAUAUUUUUUUAAUAAUGCUUUGCUGGCAACUAACUAAAAGUAUUCAUUCUUAAUCUGAUUUUCUCCUUCAACCUUCCAGAUGGUUGCCUUUAUUGAGAACUAGAGAAGUGAAUGUGUCGGAAGUUGAGUAACUCAACUGUCACUAUCAAUGUUGAAAGCUUGCAUCUUCUUUUAAGGACUGUUAUUAUUUUGGUUUAAUACAUCUGAAGUUGUUUAAUUAAAAUGCAAUGCUAAUAAUAAGCUCAACUGUGUGCGGCUAACUAACUUUUCUAUGACAGUUUUGAAGAUAUUAUCACUCUUUGCUGACAACAAACAGAAAAUAUUCAUUAUUUCCAAUACUAGAGAAGUAAAUGUUUCAAAAGUUGAGUUACUUAACUGUAGCAUCAUGGUGAAAGUUGCUACUUAAAAUGGCCUUUAUUUUGUAAGUUGAAUGUAAAAAAAAAAAAAAAAAAAAUGGGGUAGUUUAAAGGUGACAGUUUAUAUGGUUUAUGACUGGUUGUACUAAAUAAUGUGGCAGGUGUUUAAGAAACCAUUACGUGAGAAAGAGAAGAUAAUUCUGCUAUCUGACGUUGUGUUCAUUGUGAAGAACCCUGUGACUGUCCAGCACAGAGCCUGGUGAAUUGAAACAGUUGGACAGACACUUUGCUUUCGAGUGCCGAUCGCACAGCAAAGCAUUUUUCUUUUUCUAAACAAAAUGAGUCCUCCUCUUUCUCUACAGAAGCUGGUAAGCACACAAUAGGUACGCAGGGAUCUGAGCAUGUCAGGGCUAACCCGGAUCAUUCCACAUCCCACCGCUGCAUAAAGUGCAGUUUUAUAAAAAAUAAAAAAAAUUUUUUUUUUUUGUUCGUCAGCAAACUUUGCAGCAGAUUUGUCCAAUACAUGAUUCCUCCUCUCCAGGUCCUGCUGUUGUUUUUGUUUUUGUUUUUUUCAUUUAUUUUUUUUAAGCCCUCUUUGUAUAUUGAGGGAAAUAUUGUUUCCAUUUGCUACUGCAUGCGAAUAGCGUGUAGUAGGCCAUUUACUGUGCAGUGUCUCUGCUAGGGCCCUGUGUAAGCUUAAUGUGGUUCAUUUCUGUUCAUACAAUAUAACAAACUUAGUUAACUGGUCCUGGAUGUGGUGGCCCAUGAGUGGUAUUUGGUAACUCCCAACUAAAAACAAACCUGCAAAAAGCCUAAGGUGAUGUUCUAGCUGAUGAUCUAGCCUGACAAGCUGACAGAUACCCCAAAUCCCUCUAAAACCAUCGAAACAAAACAGCCUAGCCAGGCUGGGUGACCAACUAGUCACAGUAGGCUGGUUUAAGCUGUGGGGCUGAAUUAUGCAGAUUAAGUUGUAAGGAUGAUGAUGUUUGUUAUGUCUUUAAAGUGGCGGGUCGGUUUAACGUGAAAUUUCACUUCAGAUAGGUGGACCACUGCUAGGAGAAAUAACAUCAGCAUGAUCCUAUCACAUCUAGCACUGUUUUAUUAUUAUUUUCUUUUGGUGAAGGUUGGAUUCAGAUGUUUUAUCACCUUUUAUACAAAUGGGAUUUUAUAUAUACACAUGCGUAUGAAGAGUGUAGACAUGGAUGUUGCGGACCAAGUACACACACAUAUAUAUAUAUAUAUAUAUACACAUUUCAUUUUUCUGACCCUGUUCUGACCUUUUCAUAUAUUAUUUGAACCUCCCCCUCCUCCUAAUUCUAUCUGGCCUGUGUAGCAAUGUGUGGGUUGGUAAGAAAACCAUGUAGUAAGGGUUCUGCUGCAGGAUUGUUCACUGGAAAUUGGGAAAGGGAAACUUUACUGUUCCAAUUCUCUUGCGAUUUCCUUGGAUGGUCAAGAUGUGCUAAAUAUAUCUGUACUAAGAGCUUGAUGCUUCCUUUAAUAAAAGUAAAUAACUAUCAA